ACAUAAACGAAGAUCACUACAAUUAACUGGAUGGAAAAAGGAAGAAUGUGGAGAGAAAAUUUGAUCAUUUGUGCGUCAUAAAUGCUAGUUUUUGUAGUUUCAAUGUUAGACAAUAAGAAGGCAACUGUUUGCCUUGCGUUUUGCCGGUACAGAGUAGCUUGCUUUCUAACUAUGGUCACAACUGCUUAUAUUUUGAUAAUGGUUAACAUGCCUCCGAUGAGGGAUUGGGUACCAGAAUUUGAAUUUUCAACACAAGAGAAUUUGCAUAGCUUUCUAAGAUUCCGUAGUGAAACACGGAACAGUUCUCUGUCACUUAGUCAACCAACUUCUAUAAAAAGUAAAUAUAGGCUCAUAUUGAUUUGGUCUCAUUUAUAUGAUGACCUAUUACAAAUCGGAAUGAACACUUUUAAAAAUUCCAAGUGCUUCGAAUACAAAUGCGAAAUUACAGAUAACAGAACUCGAUUGGUGGAAAGUGAUGUUAUUCUGUUCCAUGUUCGAACAAUGUCCUUACUUGAUGUUCCAAGACAUCGACUUCCGAAUCAAAAAUGGGUUUUCUUUUCUUUGGAAGCGCCUCCAUAUUCUUACUUUAAUGGUUUUCAGUUUAUGAACAAUAUUUUCAAUUGGACUAUGACUUAUCGGGAAGACUCUGAUAUUGUAGUUCGUUAUGGUUCUGUUACUACACUCGAGAAAUCUUAUUUCAAUGUAACGAAUUUAUAUGAUGUGUGGAAAAGAAAAAGCAAAAUGGCAACGUGGAUGGUGAGUCAUUGCUCUACUUCUGGAAAUAGGGAGAAAUACGUACAAAUAUUAAGUAAAUAUAUGGAUAUAGAUACAUACGGAUUAUGCGGAUUUGCAACUUGUACAUUCAAUGAAACCGAGCAAUGUUUGCAGAAUUUUUCGAAGCGUUACCUUUUCUUUCUUGCGUUUGAAAACGCAGUAUGUGACGAUUAUAUCACGGAAAAAUUUUAUCGAACUCUGAAGUAUGAAAUGAUACCAGUUGUAUUUGGAGGAGGAAAUUAUAAGAAAGUGGCCCCUCCAAAUUCUUUCAUAGAUGCAAUGGAUUUUGUGUCCCCUAAAGAAUUAUCUAGUCAUUUAUAUCGCGUUGCAUCAAAUUAUACCCUUUUUUCACACUACUUUGAUUGGAAAUCAAAAUUUCACUCCAACGAUACACCCGACCCUUGCGGUUUAUGCAGGAAAAUUCAUUCGAGAUCAUUCCAGCACACGUCUGUGUAUGACAGCAUGGAAAAAUGGUGGGUUCAAAAAUCUCGCUGCCGAAAAUGGGAAUGAUUACUUAGGCUUGCGUUCGAAUAUCGACUGGUAGUUACCGGUGGAUUGAUCACAUGACAAAUAAUGACGUCAUCUCCAAUGCUUAGCAUGCACUGACGUCAUUAGCUGUCAUGUGAUCAACCCAUUGGUAGCUACCGGUCGAGGUCGGCAAACGUAGCCAAGAUGAUGUUUUUCCAGGUGUUGUAUA